UCCGUCGCAACCAAGGUCGUCUUUAACAGUACGACUACUACAAGCUUGCUUCUGAUUCGACUUGGUCACAAUGGCCACUGAUCCCAAGACGGUUUUUGCCCCUCCAAAACGGGCUAAUUCCGACUAUCCGUUGAUUGAUUCCGACCCGCACCUGAGACGAGUCUUUGGAUAUGCGAGACCUUCUGAUUAUGCUGUUGCUGGUGGAGCAGCUGCCGCCUCACCACUAGCAUUCUGGGCUAUGGAAAGGGUGAGCCCAUCUCAUGUUGGCAGAGGAGGUUUCGCCCCUGUGAUGCGGCUAGCAACAGCAAUCGGCCUUAUUGGAGGUCUCCAUGUGCUCUACCAAAGAUCUUGCAAUCGCUUCUAUGGUUUCACCGAGAAUUCGAGGGAAGUUGAGAUGGAUACAAGAGAGAUGGUUGGCAAGGUCAAGAGAGGUGAAUCUCUGUAUGGCACCUCGAAGGUGUCUGCUUAUCUGCAAGGAGUUGCGGCCAGGAACUCGCGGUAUUCAGAGUUAUUCAUUCAUGUUCUUCCCUGGUUCAACAUUGUAAACCAUGACCAGCAUGGCGUGGACACAGCUAAGUACUAUCAGCAAGCUGAGCGUGAGCUCGAAGCGGAGCGUUUGGCGAAGGCUGGUUCUGCGUGAAAAUAUUAUUGGUAUGGAUCAUCAAGCUGAGCUGUAACUUGCGGGGUCUGGUAUAUUUAUUCUUUGGGUUUGAUGUGGAUAACAUAAGCGUAUGAGAACUUUCACAUUUUCCCUCUUAACCAUGGCCCUCCUAAGCCACAUGGUAGCGAUAAGUUUUUCCACAGUGCCAGUGCCAGUGCCAUUUUCUAGUGACUUCGGUGGCCUUCCAAGUCUUGCUACCUCCAAGGCCGUAAGGUUGUAGCUCUCAGGUGUCAUCCUCAAAUCUUGUAUUUAGUUCUCUAUUUUUCUUGGGGCGAGGCUUGGGUGCUCUCUCGUUCUCUUGAAUAUAAAAUCUUCGAAGUAGCAUUACGGCUUCUUUACUGAACAACCCACCAUAAACUGGGUAAGGUGGGUCUAUUGAGAAACUAAUGUGUGUUAGAAAUUCAGUAGAGUCAAGGCUGGAGAGUGACGAACUCGGUGUGUAGUGAGAGAAUGCUUCCCGUGCCCCCAAAACGUUCAUUACCGCAGCCAAAAUACACAGCCUGUAUUCGGUACUGCCUCAGAGCAGAAGCACACAUAACACACGGUUCGACCGUGACAUAGAGUUUUGUUGAACGAAGUAAGGACUUGGGAUAGCUUCUGAGCAUCUGCUCGAUAGCAAUAAACUCCGCGUGUCUUGUACC